UAUAUCAGCCCAUCGGUUUUGAUAUUCUGAGCUUCCUCCGUCUAUCUGUUUCCGCGGCUUUCUGUCUCUCCCUCUCCCUCACCUUCAAAACUUCCUUUCGCAUCCAACGAUGAAAUUCGAAGACUGAGAGUUGUUCGCUUACUCCUUGUAUGAACAAAACUACAUGCUUCAAUUUCUAACCACGCAAAUUUGAGUAUUUGCCAUCAUUUGAUCUAAGUUCUAAAUGCUCAGGCCUUUGGAAAUGGAGGAUGUGGUAGAGAAAAUUGAUGACACUCCCCAAUUCGCACCGAAUGGAUCACUACUUCAGUGGAGCCAAUGGCAAUUGCUUGAUUCAGUUCUUCCUACGGGUGGUUUUGCUCAUUCUUUUGGCCUUGAGGCCGCUAUUCAAGCUCGGAUAGUCUCUGGGCCUGAAGACCUUCGAACAUUUGUGACCCAUAUACUGGAGAAUACAGGAAGUCUAUUGCUUCCUUUCAUCUGUACUUUGAAUGCAUCUCCUAAUAUCGAAACAUGGUAUAAACUUGAUAAAAUAUUGGAUGCAACACUAACAAAUGAAGUUGGGAGGAAAGCAUCUAUCUCACAAGGAUCAGCACUUUUGAGGGUAGCUGCCGCCGUGUUCCAGGAAGUUCCGUCUUUAAAAACUAUGCGAGAAAUGUCUUUGACUAGCGGAGCUGUCCGGUUCCACCAUGCCCCCAUUUUUGGACUUGUAUGUGGGCUUCUUGGAUUAAAUGCUGAAACAUCUCAGAAGGCUUACAUGUUUACUACAAUGAGAGAUGUUGUAUCCGCUGCAACAAGGCUCAAUGUGGUAGGACCGCUAGGUGCAGCUGUAUUGCAGCAUCAGCUUGCUGCGAGUGCAGAAGAAUUAUCAAAGAAAUGGAUGAACCGUCCUGUACAAGAAGCAUGUCAGACUAGUCCUUUGCUUGAUACUGUCCAGGGUUGUCAUGGUUAUUUGUUCUCCAGGCUUUUUUGCUCUUGAAUGGUGGAACUGAAGAUUCAAGAUACGAGGGUUUGGGUGGAUGAGAAAGUUACUGAUCUUAAUACUACAGUUCCAUAAAUAAUUGUUGAGAACAUUUCAAGCUUGUCGCUUGGUUAAAAUCAGAGGCACCAACCACAGUGACGGCUUCUCUUGGAACUGCUGAAGGAUUUAUGGUUUUCACACUUCCAAAAUGUGAUUUUUUUCUUCGAAUGAUGGAUAUGUCUCUUGACUUGAGCUACAGGGGUUACACCACUAAGUUUGUUUCGACAAAGCAUUAUUGAUGAACCACAAGGCUUAUACCAAUAUGUUUGUUUACAAGAGGCCGCCCCGCUUUCAAUUCAAGGAAGUUCCAGUGAUGCUUGCAGAUAUUUCUUUGUUAUCAGGAGGAAGUACAAGAAUGUGAGAGCUGCAAUUAGCUAGGCCAGCAAGCUUAUCGGAGUAAAAACUUCAGCUUGCUUGUGUGACUGACAUCUCUCUCUGCCAUUCAUUUCCACCCGCAAAGAUUCUUCAACCACAAUCUAUAAUAUGCAAUUGAAUUGCAGGACGAUAGUGAAUGGCCUUUGGACAAUUCUUAAGACGGAAAAGCUGGGGUCAUAAACUUGCAUGAAAUGGUAUAUUCUGCAAGUUUUCAGAGGUUGCUUGUUAUUCAAAGGAGGCAUAUAUUAUUGGAUGUUGAAGACUACUAAAUACUGAUAUCCUCUUAAUGGUGCCAAAAAACUUCUCAUAAUCUCAAAUCUCUUCGCUUUCUUGAACCAAAAUCACACGCCCUCACAAACUUUAUGAGAUCGACUACCUGCUCUUCUUUGUUUUCUCUUCCUUCUAUACUUUGUUAUUAGAAUGCCAGCAAUUCAUUGUUGCGGAGGUUUUAGGCCUAUAAGCCUCUUACAAUGUUUGAAUUUAAGAAAGUGUCUUUUUUAGAUC